AUGGCACACAUAGCUGGUACAGAAGAAUUCAAUAAUCUAACGUUUGAAGAUAUUGAUGAAUUAAAAGACGUCAAAGCCAUAAGCGAAGAUGAAUUAUUAGACACUGUCCUUGAGACUUCUAAUCUUACAGAACGUAGUGAUAAUGAAGCAAAUAAUACAGUUAUAAAUAACAGGAAAAGAAGGAGAAAACUGGAAAAGAAGCAAGAACUCAAAAACAAGAGAAAACUGGAAUUGACACAAAAACUAGAAAAGAAGCAAGAACUGAAAAAGAAACAAAAGCUGGAAAAGAUACAAAAACUAGAAAAGAAGCAAGAACAGGAAAAGAUACAAGAAUUAGAACAGAAGCAAGAACUGAAAAAGAAGCAAAAAUUGGAAAAGAAGCAAGAACUGAAAAUGAAACAAGAGCAGAAAAAGAAGCAAAAACUGGAAAAGAAGGAAGAACUGAAAAACAAACAAAAACUGGAAAAGCAACAGAAACUAGAAAAGAAGAAAGAACUGAAAAAGAAGCAAUUACUGGAAUGGAUUCAAAAACUAGAAAAGAAAGAAGAACUGAAAAAGAAGAAAAUACGGGAAGGAAUACAAAAACUAGAAAAGAAAGAAGAACUGAAAAUGGAGAAACAUAUUGAAGAGAUGCUAAAACAAGCACACAAAAAUGAACUGGAAAGGCAAAAGUUGAGGGAAAAAUUGCAAAAACCAAAAAAGAGAGACCUGAAAAUGAAGAAGGAACUGGAAAAAAAUGCAAAAAAACUGGAAAAGAAGCAAGAGCCGGAAAAAGAUGCCAGAAAUGGAAAAUAUAGAGGAGUCUGAAAAGACGCAAUACCUGGAAAAGAAG